AUGUUAAUAACUGGUAGUUCAUCUUCUGCCAUUGAGCAUGUUAUUUCAAGCCUCAGCAAGCAAUUUUCUCUUAAGGAUUUGGGUGAAGUGAAACAUUUCCUAGGAGUUGAAGUCACUCAAACUGCUCAGGGACUCCAUCUAAGUCAAGGUUCCUACAUUAAAAAUAUCAUUGAACGAGUAAAAAUGCAAGAUGCGAAAGGAUUGCCUACUCCAAUGCUAGCAAAUCUUAAAUUAUCAAAUGAUGAAGGUGAUCCUACCAUAGAUGGAAAGCUAUAUCGGAGCACUGUAGGAGCAUUGCAGUAUGCAACCCUCACACGACCGGAAAUCAGCUAUGUUGUUAAUAUGGUUAGCCAAUUCAUGGCAUGCCCUCUUGACUCUCAUUGGAAGGCAGUGAAACGUAUUCUCCGAUACCUUGCCAGCUCGGUCGGUUACGGCAUUCAUAUCCAAGCAUCUCACACCAAUCUUAUCGCCUUCUCCGACUCUGAUUGGGCUUCAGAUAUUGACGACCGACGAUCUGUCACUGGCUAUUGUGUUUUUCUGGGUAAGAACUUGAUCUCUUGGUGUUCCAAAAAGCAGCCUGGUGUCUCUCGAAGCAGCACACUGAGGCUGAAUACCGGAGUCUUGCUCAGGCUGUCUGUGAUGUCACUUGGGUAA